ACUGCAUUCGCGGGGCUCAAGGCAGAUCGGAUUCGGGCCUUUAUUUCUCGUCUGCAGCGCUCAGCACCGCGCCUCGAAAAUGUUUUCUGUAUGAAUUUGAGCAGCAUUUUUAUAAGAAAUCCAUCUGGAUGAUAAUCCACCUAACCGGAGGGAAGACUUGCUUUUAGAGAACAAAACAAUCUGGCCAAACACCAGAGCACCCUAGAAAGCUUAACUAAAAGAAUGCUCAUGUUUGACCCAGUCCCUGUCAAGCAAGAGGCCAUGGACCCUGUCUCCGUGUCAUACCCAUCUAAUUACAUGGAGUCAAUGAAGCCCAACAAGUACGGAGUCAUCUACUCCACGCCGUUACCUGAUAAGUUCUUCCAGACCCCGGAGGCCCUGUCUCACGGGAUGCAGAUGGAGCCAGUGGACCUGACCGUGAACAAGCGGAGUUCGCCGCCCUCUGCGGGGAAUUCUCCUUCCUCACUGAAGUUCCAGCCCUCGCACCGGAGAGCCUCGCCUGGCCUGAGCAUGCCUUCUUCCAGCCCACCGAUGAAGAAGUACUCGCCGCCUCCCCCGGGCGUGCAGCCCUUCGGCGUGCCGCUGUCCAUGCCCCCGGUGAUGGCCGCCGCCCUGUCCCGGCACGGCAUCCGCAGCCCCGGGAUCCUGCCCGUCAUCCAGCCCGUCGUGGUGCAGCCGGUCCCCUUCAUGUACACCAGCCACCUCCAGCAGCCGCUCAUGGUCUCCUUGUCGGAGGAGAUGGAAAACUCAAAUAGCAGCAUGCAAGUACCUGUAAUUGAAUCCUAUGAGAAGCCUAUAUUACAGAAAAAAAUUAAAAUAGAACCUGGGAUUGAACCACAGAGGACAGAUUAUUAUCCUGAAGAAAUGUCACCCCCUUUAAUGAACUCAGUGUCCCCCCCGCAAGCACUGUUGCAAGAGAAUCACCCUUCAGUCAUAGUGCAACCGGGGAAGAGACCUUUACCUGUGGAAUCUCCGGACACCCAGAGGAAGCGGAGGAUACACAGGUGUGACUAUGACGGAUGCAACAAGGUGUAUACUAAAAGCUCCCACUUGAAAGCGCACAGAAGAACACACACAGGAGAAAAACCCUACAAAUGUACUUGGGAAGGAUGCACAUGGAAGUUUGCUCGGUCUGAUGAACUAACAAGACAUUUCCGAAAACACACUGGAAUCAAACCUUUCCAGUGCCCAGACUGUGACCGAAGCUUCUCCCGUUCUGACCACCUUGCCCUACAUAGGAAACGCCACAUGCUAGUUUGAAUGCCUCCGUCCCCUGCCUCAACGUGGCUCCCCGUUCUCCCGGCUCUCUCUCUCUCUCUGUCCUCCUUCCCAUUAUCUAACUCAUUUUUUACAUGUACGUUUUAAUUUUGAUUCAGCUGGCCUGAAUCUCUGAAUUUAUAUCAUUCAAGCUUCCAUAUGGUCAGUAGUAGAUAUUCUCUAAUCCUCCUCUCCUUACCACGGGUCAGACCUAAAGAAUGUGAACACUUUUUUUUUUUUUUUUUUUUUUUCCGGGGAUGCUAAGCAAACCCUUCUUACAGAUACGUUUAAUGUAAUGAGAACAAGGGAACAUGUAAACUUAAAAUAACCAAUUGUCGGUUCCUCCAUGUAUUUCUCAAAAGAAUGUCAAAGUAAAUGUAUUAGAAAUACAGUAUCCAGCCUGCUAGUCCUUGCCAGGGACGUUCAUACCUCUGUGCCCUGUGAUCGUAUUUUGUGCUCGCCAGCAAGAAGGGUGGACCCUUUCCUCAGAUUAACUAGAAGUGCAGCAAGAUUUCAGGUAGGACGGUCAACUCGUCCAUUGUCCUUCACAAAUCCUGCUUGUCAACUUGGAUUUAUCACUUCAUCUAAAUUAAGUCCCUUAUACUCCUUUGUGCCUGCAGCUAGUAAGGAGGCCUCUCCACCCCUGGAGGUGAGCCAGAGUUGCUGAUUUAGGUCGGUGAUGUCUGCCAGUUAAAGGCUGGAUGCUAUACUUGGAUGGCACAGAGCCUGAACGAAGGGGCAUUCAUCAGGGGAGAAGCAGCGGGGGCAAAGGAGGAAGCCGGCCAUUCCUCCUGGGCUGGGGCUUUUCGUUCAGUGAGGUUUCAUCGUGUGGUUAGCUGUGCAGUGCUCUCCCAGAGCGGCCGUCUCUGUGUUUGGCUGUGCAGAAGCAGAGCCAGAUGCUGAUGGGGUUGUCCGUGCACCUGUCUCCAUUCCUCUGAUGUCCUUAAUGUGGAUCAUCAAGCAUUUGAUAGUAGGGACACAAAAAUAUUUGCCCAGUAAUGGUAAGAAAAAUCUUUCAGAUAAGAGUAUGGAUGAUGGCCUUUCUUUUACCCAACCUACUCACAGGGUUUUUUGCAAACAGGGAAAACAUUGAGCAGUAACCGUAUUCCCAUAUCAAAUGAAUCAUACAGCUUUUAUACAGAAGCUCUUCUGUGUGAACUGUAAGGUGCCAAGGUGGCCGCCAUUUGUGUUUGUGAUACAUAUCAUAAAUAAGGAUCUGCUAACGCUGUAGUAGAUUCAUUCAAUUUAAGACCCGAGUGACACUAUUUGUAAAUAUACCUAGUUGUGAAGCACACAUACCUUCAUUCGGGGGACAGAUUUCUGAAAAAUAAAGAAAACCACAGUUCAGGGAUUCGCAUAUUAAUAGCUCAAAAAUUCCCAAGCAUUUACUGUUGAGGAGCUGGAAAUCAAUCAUUGUCAAGUAUCCCGUCAGAAGAAGCUGAAAAUGACUCGUGUUUAUGUUAAAGAUAAAUAGCGCCAUUAUUUGGGGGAAGUUUUUUGUUUUUGUUUUUGUUUUCAAAAGCUGGCUUUUGAGCACCAUAGUCUAAAUGCCAAUAAAAAUAAUUCAUGCAUAGAAAUGUCAUUGGUCCUCAAUUUGAAGAAAGUGGGCGACGGUGGCCAAAUGUGGGUGCAUACAACGAAAUGCGCCUUCACCCCUCGAUAAAGGAUGGAAGAGAAGAGAGAAUGGAAUCCUGAAGAUUCAGCCCAGGCGCGACUCAGGAUCCAACACAACCUUAACUGGGAGGAAUACAUUGUUCAACUGUUUUUAAAACAUCAGUGAAUGAGUGAUUCUGGAGGCCUGCAAAUCACGUGGGGAGCUUACUUUGACGGCGCUAUGUUAAUAAAAGUUAGUUGUAGGGACUGUGCACCUAAGAGAUCCCACUCAUCAGCCCUCUGAACCAGCUGAAAGGAAAUGUGGAGAGACACAAAGUAAUUUGUUACCUUCUUGGCACUUGGUUGUGAUUCUCUCUCUCUUUUUUUUUUUUUUUUGUAAGCACUGCAGAAUUUGUUUAGAAUAUUAAAACAUCCUAAUUGGGCUUUUUUUUUUUGUUUGUUUGUGUUGUUGCAACUAUGACCUGAAUUGAAAGAUAAAAAUGGCUCUUGGGAAAGUAGGUAUUGUCUGUACUGUAAAUGCUUUGUCACAUUCAUGCCAAAGUGUUUGUUUCUAGAAGUGAUUCUUGUACAACACACUGAAGAAUCAAGUUGGAAUGCAAGGAACUUUUUUGUUUAAUGGAGAUAACCAGAUUAUGUGUUCCAACCCAUAUAGAAGGUAGGGGGGAAAAAAGGCAAGAAAGGGUAGAGUUGAUCAUCUUUGAAUAAUUAGCUUUGAGUGUGAGAGUCCAGUUAAUAGAAAGCUUCGUAGGUUCUCAUGAAAUCUGAUGUGUUUGUUAUGGCAUAUUUAAAUUUUGUUCAAAAGAGCAAGCAAGACCCUGCAAAGACUAUUACAUGACUAUUCAGUUUGCUUAGAUUGUGGUAACAGUUCAUUAACAGAUCCAUUUUAACUCUGAAAGAAAAGGCAACCCAGAGAAGCCAUUCUCUGUUCCCAUGCUGGUCUGCAUACUUUAGUUACCAAUUGGCUCUUAACCAAAUUUUUCUUUUUUAUAUAUAUAUUUGUAUUUACUAUGAUAGUUGAGAAAUUUAGUCUCUUAGACAUUUUUAGCUGUUAUUGUGGAAGACCUCAAAUACAGGAUAAGAUGCCCUUCAACAUGUGGUUUUAACGAUGUGCCAUGUUACUAUCAAAGGUGGUUUUAAUUGCAAUAUUUUAAAUUGAUGCGAAUGAUCUGUAAACAUGAGGUUAGUGUUGUAUAAAUUCUGUUAGAGUUUCUUUUGAUUAUUGUCCAAGUGUCGUCUUGGGGAAGUCAGAAAGUUUAAGGCUGAAUCCAUCAUAUUUUAGAGUUCUAAAAUGUGAAUCUACACCAUAAAUGGGCAUUAACGUUCUAAAUCACCUGGUAUGGAGAAUGUGUUAGCAUAGCUGUGUUCAACUAAGGAAAUGCUAAAUACGUGGAAGUUUCAAGAGCCUUGGAACAGAUUUAUAGGGAACUGUAGAUGUAAAUGUAUAUUUUAUUAAACACCCAUCUGCACUAUCAGUGUUGCACUAAUGUGGAAUUUGAAAGACUUUAUUGCUGAUACUGUAUAUCUGCACGUCAUUCCUGAUUAGAUUGUUUUAAAGACAAUCUCAAAGAUCUAAGAUUUUUAAAUAAUUUGGUUUGAUAAUAUACAGUCAUCUUGAAGGAAUUGCUGUUAUACAUGAAGUUGCUCAGAGUUGUCUUUAUUCUCUUCUUGGUCAAGGUUAACAGUUUCUAAAUGAUCGCAAAUUCACUUAAAUAAUACAUUUACAAAGCCAUUUUACAUGCAUUAAACGAGGGCUACAAUAAUAUUACGUUUUACAAAUACUAGCACUUUUUUUUUUUUUUUUUGCUGUUAUGUACUUAGUGUUAGAGGGUCAAAGUAAUCUUUCUGCUUAGCAUCUCUUAAACCAUACCUGCAACUAUAGCAGGAUUAUUACAUUUACAGUACUUUAAUACUUGUAUAAACUAUGCAGAAAUUUUUAAUAAAGUGUAAUAUAUUUUAUAAGCUAAUAAGACUGAAUGGGUAAAGGUUUUUAGCAUGCGUUAGUAUACUUGCAAAUACUGAAACAUUUUGGUAAUCUUUCUUACUAAAGAUGUGAAUGUUUAAUGUACCUUCUCUGUUUCUACUCUGUAGUCCGAUGGGAAUUCAGUAAUGACAUUUUGUCAUGUCAAACUGUGAACAUAAAUUUGUACUGUACAGUCCUCAUAUACUAUAUACAGUAUGCAAUAUAUGUAUUAUAUACUUGUUAAUAAAACCAUCAGAAUAUUAA